UGAAGGAAGACAGAACUCUCGCGAGAAGGCAGGGGUGGAACUUGACCGUGAGGGGACGCUGCAAGGGGAUUGGUCCUGACGUCGCGCGGGAGGCGGGACGGGGACUGCCGAGGGGCGUGGUUUCGGAAGCACGCUGGGUCCCGAGGUCGCGUCGUUUGCAUAGUUGGACAGAGCGCAGCGCUGGCCGCGAUCUCGGCGACCGCAGCUUCGCCGACUCCUGGGGGUGCGGGGAUGCAGUAGAGGGAGUCCGCUCUCCGCCGGAAAGACGGAGCGCAGCGCUGGGCGCGAUCUCGGCGACCGGAGCUUCGCGGACUCCUCGGGGGUGGGGAUGCAGUAGAGGGAGUCCGCUCUCCGCCGGGAACUGCAGCCUGGCGGGCCCGGGAUCCUGGCUCUAGCCUGAGCGACGCGGAAGGGCCACGCGGUCCUCGCCUCAGCCUCCCGCCCCCCGAGGGGUUCGGAAGACGUCCUGAGGACCCUCGGAAGGCGUUACGCCGGCCAGCCGUGUUCACUGUCCCCGUGCUGCCGGGUCUCGGCGGCGGACUGACCCGUUUUCAGGACUGCGAUGGCUAUUCUUCAUUGUCAACUUGUCUAUAUCUGGAAACAACUACAGCCCAGAAGUGGAGAGCACACCUGUAUGAGAUUGUCUGCUUAAAGUGGAUAAACCCACUUCUAGUCCAGACCUUUGAGGUAGGAAGACAUGCAUCUUUAAUCUGGAUCUUGAGGUGGGAAGACACAUGUCUUUAAUCCAAAUCUUGAGGUAUGUCUUUCAUGGGCAUAUAAGCUAUACCUUCAGCUGGAUAUCUGUAUAAGGACGCGUAGAAGAAGGAAGAUUUUUCUCUUUGUCUAUGUGCCCUCAUCUUGCAGGCACAUCCAUUCCUUCACUGGCAUCAAAGCCUACUUCUGGAUUGCAGCAUAUACUGAAGACCAACUGAGACAUGCAGCCUUGUGGGACUGAGCAACCACUAGAUUUUUAGACUUUCUAUUGUUGGACUAUAGGGGAAGGAGAGAGAUUUAUUCCAUAAGUUCUGUGACUCUAGAGAACCCUGACUAAUACAGAUUUUGGUACCAGAAGUGGUUCUAGAGAAGCAGAAGUAUAAGGAUGAAUCUUUUAAGUAUCUGGAAUAGACAUUUCAAUUCACCAGCACCUUCAGCUACUGAAGCUUCUCCAGUCACCCCCUCUCCUGGGAACUCGGAGAGCACUGAAAGCCCAUGGUAUGAACUGUAUUACAAACUUAAAGAGAUAAAUGAAUUUGAUUAUCCUGACUCACCAAUUGUGAGCAACAAUGGAUUAGGUGACCCUGUAUAUGAAACUUUUGACAGUUUGGGAGAAAAUAAGGGAAAUGAUGCUGCUGGUUGGUUGCUUUUAGUAUCUCUGGAUAAACUGAUAAAGGAUAGGAAUGAGCUCCGGGAUAAAAUUAACCAACUUCAGAAUAUGGUAAAGGACAACAAAGAACUUAAUGAGAAAAUUGACCAUCUCCAGAUGCUCAUAAACAAUUUAAAGGUUUCUAAGUGUGCCCUGGAAGAGAAUCUUCUCUCCAGCAGCCACAAAGCUCGAUUUAUGGAAAAUCAAACGAAAGCUCUCAUUAAAAGGUUAGCUGAAUUACAAGGAAAAUUUAAGACCCAGCCUCGGAGGGUGUCGGCAGGUAAAGUAAAAGCAUUAAUUGGUAAAGAAUGGGAUCCUAUAACUUGGGAUGGGGAUGUAUGGGAGGACCCUAUUGAAGCUGAGAAUUUUGAGUACUCAGAUUCUCAAGGGUUUAUCUCACAUGAGGAAGUAGUACCCUCAGCCCCACCCCUUGAAAUACUGUCUUUUUCACCUUUCACUGAGGAAAUUAAUCCUUUAUUAUCUAUUAAACCAGCAGUGGCUGUCUCUAAAGGAAAUACCAGGCAAGACAAUACUGAUGUCCCUCAGAACCUCAAAAUAGUUGCCUCUAGACCUAUAACCAGACUUAAGGCAAAGCAGGCUCCUAGAGAGGACAUAGAAAGUAUGGUCCGUGAGGAGGUAUGCUAUACUACUAAGGAGCUUAAUGAGUUUGCUAAUUCAUUCAAGCAGAAGUCUGGGGAAUAUGUGUGGGAAUGGAUUUUAAGGGUGUGGGAUAAUGGUGGAAGGAACAUAAAACUGGAUCAGGGUAAGUUUAUUGACAUGGGCCCUCUGAGUAGAGAUUCUAGGUUUAAUAUGGAAGCUCGCACAGUUCAAAAAGGUGUCAAAAGUUUGUUUGAAUGGUUGGCUGAAGUGUUUGUCAAAAGAUGGCCUACUGAAAAGGAAUUGGAGAUGCCUGAUAUCCCUUGGCUUAGUAUUGACGAAGGGAUUUUAAGGCUCAGGGAAAUUGCAAUGCUAGAGUGGAUACACUGUGUAAAACCUACUGCUCAACAAUGGGAAGGCCCAGAAGACAUGCCCUUCACUAAUCCAAUAAGACGCAAGAUGGUGAGAGGGGCACCAGCACAUUUGAAGGGUUUUGUUCUCUCCCUUUUGCUUGUGCCAGACCUUAGGAUUGGAGAUGCUGCUGCUCAGUUGGAUGAAUUAAAUGCAAUGGGCUUAAUUGGGCCCUGGGGUAACAGGAGCCCAGUGGCAGCACUGAAUCGACAAAAGCAAGAUGAUCAUAACUAUUGUAUGGCAGCAUAGACAACACAAUGUUCAUAAUGGCAUGACUUGUACGGACCUUUGGUACUGGCUCAUCAGUCAUGGUAUUUCCAGGCAUGAAGUAAAUAAGAUGCCUACUGAAUAUUUGAUCUGUAUAAGUGGAAAAAUUCUCAAACAAAUGAAAGAAAGGCUACAUUGGAACAUGGCACAAGGCAAUCUCAGCCAGUGAAUCAAUUUUCAGAUUUGAGCCAGUUUGCAGACCCAGAACCCCUUGAAUGAAGGAGUAGCCAAGUUCCCCUAAGGAAGGACUUAGAUAAAACACCUUAAAGUUUUACUUUUAAUUGUUCUCCAGUCCUUCCCCAGGGGGAUAGAUGGCCUUUUACUGGGAGAAAGGAAACAAGACUUUCCAGGGUAUGUGGGAUACUGGUUCUGAACUGACACUGAAUCUGGGAGAUCCCAAGUAACAU